AAAGAAUUGGACGAUUUGAUCGACAAGCACGCGCUGGAGUUUGCCAACCUCCAACGAGACCACCAGCUAGAGGAGGCAUCGGCUCUGCAAGUCUUUGAAGCCAAGAAGACAAGACUACGCCAUCGAUGGAAUCUGGAAGAGGCAAUUCUCCGGAAGAAGCUCGAAAUGCAAUACGACCAACCCUACGGGCCUCUGGCCCCUUUGUCGUUCGCCGACUGUCGCUAUGAGACGCGCGACUCGGCGAUUUCCGUUUCGGAAGAGAACGCAACCAGUGCAAGCGGUGAUGAGGAACAGGUGCACCGGAAGAGAGGUGAACCGCUACUAUAAUUUAUGAUGCGAUGUCCCAGUGAUACCCUUUCCCUUUUCCUCUCUUUCUGGUUCUCACCCUUUGCAUAUAUUAACAGUGACAUAUCACUUCAACUUAGCUUAAUGUUUUAUACUUCGGCUAUUGCUGACAUCUAUUUUUUUGUAAUUUUACGACAUUUCUUUCCUGCAUUCGGUGCGCUUGCUUUCUGGAUGGGGCAUCAUUAUACACUUUGGCGGCUUUGUGGUUUCUUGUGCAUACUUCACUUCUUUCUGGAUACUUUUCUCCACUACAUAGAUUUGCGCCUCUUUGAGCAUUUAGAUAUCCUUGCACUCAACACUGGGAAUAUACCAACAUGUACUUAUGGCUUCGAAGAUGUUUUAAUUUGAUUAAUUCACGAACUCUUUGGGUAUAUGCUAG